AUGGAAAAAGCCAACAAGAACAAAAUAAAAUACACUUAUGAACAACCAAACCAAGCGUAUGACAUUCACGUAAAUGGCUCAUAUCAUGCAAGUAUUCGUUAUUCAGAAUUAUUAUUGCUUCAUGAAAGACUGCGAACAAAAUUUCAGUCGAAUCUAAGAUCUGUAGAUUUUCCACCAAAGAAAUUCUUCAAAAAUUUGGAUGAAAAAGCUGUAAAAGAGAGAAGGAUUGGACUUCAUAUUAUAUCAAUAUUGCAGGACUCAUUUCGUCCAUCAUCCAAUAAAGUAUCGCUGGAUAUAUAUUUGGCAGAUGGUUCAAAAGAAUCAAUUCGUUGCGGUGCCGAUAACUCUACUGAAGUUGUUUUAAAAGUUUGUGUUCGAUUGCUCGGAAACCAUGAAUCUCCUUAUAUUUCAUUACAUCUUUUGAAUCAGAAAUCAGCGUCGUCUGGAAUAUUUUACUAUAUUAUGGUUAGGAAGAUCAUGUGGCAUAAAAUGAUUGAGGAACAACUAUUAGAUGAUCCGGGAGCUGUCAUUCUUCUUUACAAGCAGAAAGUUGGUCAAAACAGUCCGCUCUUCACACGUCUUCAAAAUCCUCUAAAACUUUUUUUGUUAAUUUUUCAGUUGCUGCGCCUUUGUUACGAAAAUUCUUUGGGCAGUUUUGAACUUUUAGAAAGUUGUAUAACUGAUUAUCCACAACCAAAUACCAACUGCAACGUCAAAAUUGGAUUUCGAAGUAUCAUUCUUCAGCCAACAGAAAAAGGAAAGGAUUAUGUAUUUCGGGUAACGAGAAUCCGUAUGUGGCGUCUUUUGCAUGACUCGAAGUCUUGUGAUGGUUUUUCUUUGCAGUUUGAAUACUUUAUAUCCAAAAACAAUUUUUUAUGGAUUAAUGUCUUGACUAAACAGGCAAUUUUAUUAACACGUAUUUUACAAACCAUCGGAUUUGAAAUUUUGAAAGAAAGCGAAAGAAAGGUUUGUUUUGUUUUUUAA